AUGGACCGAAGGAUGAGGUUUUGGGAUGUUGCACUAAUAGUAAUGGUAUGCAUGAGUGUAACAGUGACAAAGUCAAACGGUGCGCGUCCUUUGAACAACCAACUUCAAGAAGGGACAGGGGUAAAAUGGGCUUUCCUAGUUGCUGGUUCUAGAGGUUAUGGAAAUUAUAGGCACCAAGCUGAUGUAUGUCAUGCCUAUCAAGUAUUAAAAAGUGGGGGUCUUAAAGAUGAAAAUAUCAUUGUUAUGAUGUAUGAUGAUAUCGCCGAUAGUAUAGAAAAUCCAAUCCCUGGCGCUAUAAUUAAUCAACCAGAUGGGCCAGAUGUUUUUCAGGGCGUUCCUUUGGAUUAUACAGGACCGGAUGCAAAUAUAAACAAUUUUUACGCAGUGCUUAGAGGCUACAAAAGUGGUCUUAUUGGAGGUAGCGGUAAGGUACUCAGUAGUAAGCCUGAAGAUACCGUAUUCAUUUACAUUGCUAGUCAUGGUAACAAAGGGUUUAUAGGAUUGCCAGAUGACAACGUUGUAUAUGCCGACCAGUUCUUAGAGGCAUUGAAAAUCAAUUACAAAAAAAUGGUGAUAUACAUAGAAUCAUGUAACUCUGGGAGCAUGUUUGAAGGGCUUCUUCGAGAUGAUUUAAAUAUUUAUGCAACCACAUCUGCCAGAGCAGAUGAGAAUAGUCAUGCGUUUUACUGUCCAGGUGGAAUAAUGCCUCCACCGCCUUAUUAUAACGUUUGUUUGGGUGAUUUGUACAGUAUUUCUUGGUUGGAAUUCAGUGAGUAUUAUGAUAGGGCAAACAAAACUUUGCAUGACCAAUAUGAUGUUACGUGGUUUAGAACACUUUUUACUGGUGAAGAGUAUAUGUCUCACGUGAUGCCAUACGGAAAUAUGACUAUGAAUGAGGAUUUACUUGAAACAUAUCUUGGACGUGCUAAACCAGCUAGAGCUAAUGAUAACUACCAUUUCAAUAGAACUACAACUCAUGAGCAUUCCAAUAAACGAUUUAAUACGACAACAAGAUUGGUCAGCCAACAAGAUGCUCAUUUACUUUAUCUGAAUCUUAAGUUGGAAAAGGCACCAGAUGGUUCCAUGGAUAAGUCAAAAGCUCAAAUUGAGUUAGAUGAUGAAAUUUCUCAUAGAAAACAUGACGACCAGAGUGUAUAUCUCAUAUGGAAACUUUUGUUUGGAGAAGACACCACCUCUACUAUGAUGGCAAAUCUUCGUUCAGUCGGUCAACCUCUUGUCGAUGAUUGGGAUUGUCUUAGAAUGCUUAAAAAUACAUAUGAACAUCAUUGUGGUGUCUUAUCACAUUAUGGAUGGAAAUACAUGCAAGCCUUUGCUAACAUGUGCAAUAAUGGCAUUUCCAAGAAGCAAAUGAUUGCAGCUGCAUCUCAAGCUUGUCAUGUGAAGAACGAUGUUCCUUAAAUUUUACGCAUAAUUUAGAAUUGGUUUGUAGUGAAUUUUAUAAAU